GUGCACGUGACGAGCGUUCUUUGCGAUGACCUCAUCCCUGGUGUGGGAUGACGUCAAAUUCAAGAUGGAUGGAAUCACGACCAGCGCGCAGAAAUCCACACAACAGUGAAUAAAGUCCCGGCUGUGUGGAGGAAAGAGCAUAUUGACGACGGGCAGGCCAUGGAGAGCCUUGUGCAUUACAGCAACCCCUCCCAUGCCCUGUCGGUGCUGGGGGUCCUCAAUGAGCAGCGCCUGCGGGGUCAGAUGUGUGACGUAGUCCUUGUUGUAGCUGACCAGAGGUACCAGGCUCAUAAGAGUGUUCUGGCUGCCAGCAGUGAGUAUUUCCAGACCCUGUUCACACGGAGAGACGCAGAGUCCCUGAAAGUUGUAAACCUGGACUUCUGUGAGCCUGACGCCUUCGAGAUCGUUCUGAAUUACAUCUACUCCUCCUCACUGUUUGUGGACAAAGGCAGCCUGGCAGCCAUUCAAGAGCUGGGCUACAGUCUUGGAAUCCCUUUCCUCACCAACAUUGUGUCCACAAGGCCACAUGCAUCCUACUGUGUGUCCAGAAAAAGACUUUCGUUUUCUGAAGGGGAAGAGAAUGAUGUCCAGACAAGAAGCGUCAUUGUGUGUCGGGUCCGGAAUGAGACAGCCCAGCCAUCUCGCUCAAGUUAUCCCAGAAAGACAUCAGAGAGAGCCUCGCCUCCACACUCUACACAGGAUUCAACGCAGCCUCCUUCAGAACGAAUCUCAUAUGAAUCAGUCAGAAACUCUGAAUCCAUCAGCAGGAAAUCUUCUGAACAGUCUGAAGCUGCUGACAGGAAGUACACCUAUCCAUAUGCCUCUAUAUUAAAAGGGAAUUCAUCGCACAUCGCAUCUGUAAGGCCCCAGCUGACUUCCUCGGUGUCCUUCAGUGAUGCAGAAGUGCAGCACAUCAGACUGCAGUCUGCCAUUGACCAGGACCCUAAAGAGGAAGAAGAGGAGCAGGGGCACCACUAUCACUCCAAAGUGUCCUUUCAAGGUCAGGCCAGUGAGCCAAGCCCGACCAUUGACCGGAGCGGACCACUCAUAAAAAGCCUCCUCCGAAGAUCUUUAUCCAUGGACAGCCCCGUUCCAGUUUUCUCGCCCACACUGGAGCUCAAGGAUUUGCAAAACCGUGAACAGUCAGUUGUUAAAAUGGCAUCCAAAGCACGUGGGCCGGAAACAUCUGCUCACAACGGCAGUUCAAAAAGAGUAUCUCCCUUGGUUCUCGGGUCAAAGUACCACAGCAGGUAUGAUGUAGAAACUCAGGUAGAAAGAGAGCUCAGUGUGAAAGCCGAGCCCAGCAGUCCACUGGCGGACCCCAUGGACAUUAUUAGGAUAACAGUCGGAGAUGUGUUGCCUGUCAAUCUUAAAAACAUGCAAGCAAAUUACGACCAAGGUCCAAGGCAGGAUUUCAAUUCUGGGAAAAGAAGGGACCGGCCGGAUAACAGGCGGUACCCGUUCAAGAAGAGCAAAAUAUUCAAAGAAGACCCCCUGACACUUGAUGAGAACCUGACAGUACCUCAGAGCGCCUGUGACGACUUGAACGAGAACAAUGUAGAGCCGCCUCAGAACAAAAUCUUCAAAUGCUGGAACUGUUUAAAGGUUUUCAGGUCCAGUGCUGGCUUACAUCGUCAUGUAAAUAUGUAUCACAACCCUGAAAAGCCAUAUGCUUGCGACAUCUGCCAUAAACGCUUCCAUACCAACUUCAAAGUGUGGACUCACUGCCAAACUCAGCAUGGUGUGGUACAAAACCCAGCCUCGUCCUCCAGCUCCUCUGUACUGGAUGAGAAAUUUCAAAAGAAGCUGAUAGAUAUGGUGCGAGAGAGGGAAAUAAAGAAAGCAUUGCUUUGGAAGUUAAAGAGGAAUAAACAGAGUUUGCAAUCUCCUGCGCUUCCCAAAAAGAGAUCGAGGCCCAGCUAUAUAUGUCCGUACUGUGGGAAAGUAUUUGUGUUCCAGUCUCAAUACAGACAGCAUUUAAGGACACAUCCUGCUGAAAAAGCUGACGAGGAGGCAGCAGACGAGAGCAUCCUCUAUCAGAAACAGGAUGAAAUCAGUCAGCAGAAGGACUCCGACGCUGGUGUUUACUCCUGUAGACUUUGUAACAUGAAGCUCUCUUCCCUCUUCGAACAAGGUGACCAUGAGAGGGGCUGUCGACAUGCAACUGUUUGUCCCUACUGUGGCCUCCGUUUCUCCAGUCCAACGGUCAAGAGGGACCAUGAAGCACAUUGUAAAUACAAGAAACUGACGUGCCUGGAGUGCAUGCGGACCUUCAAGUCGUCCUUCAGCAUAUGGCGUCACCAGGUUGAGGUCCACAACCAAAACAUGAUGACUGUUAAAGACCAGAUUCACCUGCAGCAACAAGAAAACAACGAAGAGUCUUCUGAAAUGCUCCAAGUGGAUCACUACCAAGACGAGCCGCUGGUGACCGGGGGUUCAAGAGAGACCAUCAGCUUCAGUGACUCCUCAGGUCCACCAAUGUACGACUCAGAAGACUCCUCCUCUUAUGUGCCUGAGGACCUGAGCAUUGGGCACCAUGGCAAGCUGGUAGUGAAGGAAGAGCCAUUAGAAGAGGCUGUGUGUGAGAUGGAAAACGCUGAUGCAGAAAAUGCUGGGCUUGAGGAACCCGGCGUGUGGCCAUGCGAGAAAUGCGGGAAUCUUUUUAGCUCUCGCAAAGACCUGGAACGACACCAGGAGCUGCUCUGCCACAUAAAACCAUUCAUCUGUCACAUCUGCAACAAAGCCUUCAGGACCAACUUUCGCCUUUGGAGCCACUUUCAGUCUCACAUGUCGACUGCUAACGAACCUGGAGCCAAAGAGAUCGACAGACAACCCUCGCCUCCAUCUCCAUCCCCUCCAACGACCCCUCAGGACUCUGAACACCACUCGCCACAGGCCUCCGUGCUCAAGUCCACCCAGGCAGUGCCAGUGGCUGCAGCAGUGGCAGAGGAGUCCAGCAGCCCAGAGCCCUGUAGCUCAUCAGUAAACAAGACGAAGAGGCCCGAACUUGAACGUCAAUCCAGCAGCCGAAGCCCUCUGUCAAGGUCAAACAGCAUGGAGAAUCCAGUAGGCCCUCAGGAAUCAGACACCCUCUUUUACCACGCUCCAUCUCUCUCUGCCCUGACGUUUAAGAGGCAGUACAUGUGCAAACUCUGCCACAGGACCUUCAAGACGGCCUUCAGUCUCUGGAGCCACGAGCAGAGUCACAGCCACAUGUAAGCAUCAGACAAGCAGUAGUUCCUUUUGAGAGACAAUGUAAGAAUUAACACACCUCAGCCUACAAAACGAAGACUUUGAAUGUAUAGCUUAUUUGCUUGCCUCCAAUGUCAUAUAUUAAAGUGGCCAUGUUCAGUAGAGGUGUAAACGUGAAUGUGCAAUCAAGUGCUAGAUUCCUCCGUGAGAUGAGAUGAUUAUAAAUGGUUUAUUUUUUUUCCAAAUGAGAUAUAAGCAUUGACCUAUUUUAAAUCUUUUGGUUGUCUACUUGUACUUCUGUGUGUAGGUGAUGUUGAGAAAACAAGGUACAGAGUUGCAUCUUUUCAUUUUUCAGCUGUACCACUUUGUACAAGAGUUGUUCCAAUACUGAUACCAAUACAAAUUCCGAUACUGAUACCUGUGCCAGUAUUGGAUUUGCCUUAGAUGCAAUCUGAAAUGUAGUAUUAAGUAAAGACAGGUACACCAGUCAAUGCAUUGAGCAAAUUCUGUUAUUAAAGGUCACAUAUUCUCCUCCUCUUCAACCAGUUUAAGUAAGUCUCAGAGCUCCUUAAAACAUAUCUGUG